AAAAAAAAAAAAAAAAAAAGACUAUGGUACAUACGCAGGGUCUAAAAAUAUAUCUGUGAAUUAUUCGUUAAAUGUUGAAUGGCAGAUAUGAAUAUCCAUCUCCUUCCUGUACACUACUUCCCGAGCGCACGAGGAACAGUAACUACUAUCAUCCAUCAUUAUUGAAUAUUGACCCUCUACUCCACACAUUCAACCCUCCCCUACCUAUUCAAUUUCCCGGCCUAUUAUUAUUUUUUAUAAAAGGCACCAUUAUACCAAUCUAGUUGUCUUGAAUCUCCCCUUUAUCCAACCGUGUGGAAGUCUACAGAAAUUCUUCUCUCCAUAAAAAAGAUACUAUGAAUCGUGACCACGAGCACAGAAAUCGCACUCGAGAUCAAGAUGACGACUCAGACUCGGAUGCUCUCUUCGAAGCCCUCGAAAAUGAAGACGACUCGGCAUACCGUGCCCAACGCAUCGAGCAACUCAACGCCGAAUUCUCCUCCGCAAAAACAAACCGUGAUCCUUCCUCCUCCGCGGGGCCAACCCUCGUGAAUAAUGACAGUCUGUACCCCACCCUAAGCAGCGACCAGGCCCUACUAGACUUCACCACCCAGACCCAUCGCUGCGUGGUUCAUUUCGCUCAUCCGGAUUUCGCCCGAUGUACGGUGAUGGACGAACAUCUUCAGGCGUUGGCUGCUCGGCACUACGAAGUGCGAUUCGCUCGGGUCGAUGUGCGUCAUACCCCCUUUGUCGUGGAGAAAUUGAGCAUUCGAGUCUUGCCAUGUGUCAUCGGCUUCAAGGAUGGACUGGGUAUUGAGCGUGUGCUCGGGUUUGAGGGUCUGGGGUCUGGCGGCGAGGAUGGGACCGAAGGGUUCAACACCACAACGCUGGAAAAGAGACUUCUACACAAAGGCAUUUUGGCCAAAUCGAAGAUCAAGGCGGAUGACCAGGGCUCAGAUGAUGACAGUGGCAGCGAUGACGAUGGUGGAAAACGAAGGAACAAUCCUAGACGAGGUGCAAUCCGAAGUGGAAACAAGCGGGAUGAUAAUGAUGACGACGAUUGGGAAUAAAGGAAAGGGACUGGGAGAUUUAUUGGCAACAUAAUAAAAAGCAUUUGCAUUUAUUUCCUGGGGGGGUGCCCUUAUUUUGAAUUAUCUCCAUGCCGGACGACCAGGGUCUAAAUAUAAAGAUGAACAUAUGUAAUAAAUAUCUAGUUAUAAUGCUGUAACAUAUGUAAUCAGUGAAGUCUGUCUGUACACAGAAUCUACUGCCACAGUGCAUUGAACAUUUCGACUUUUAGUACAAACCCAAGGUCACAACGGAUCAGGUAUUGUCAUUUGAUAUAGCAUCGAUGGGUAAACACAUGCAGAGAACAUCGUAGAACAAAGUCUUUGAAGUCUCCAACAAAAAGAAAAAAGAAAAAAAAAAAAAAAAA